GUGAAGGUAUAAAAUGCUUCCUCAAGUCGUCAAGAUGUUAGUUACAAGAGUGUUGAAGAGCCAUGAAGAUCCUCUGACGUCCGACUGUUUGAAAGUGCUUUUUUGCUGCAUCACAGUAUGGCUUCCGUCGGAGCUUUACUGAUGUUGUUGCCUGUUGCAUGGACGUGCUCGCCCCAAAAAGCAGACUACGUCAUGGUGUCGUGUUUCCCCAACGCCAUCAUCGCCAACGUCCCCGAGUGCCCCUACGGCUGGGAGAUCGAGCAGCUGUCCCUGGGGGGGGUCUGCUACUCUGGAGCGCACAGCCCGGGCUACUACCGCUUCAGCAUCCCGGACCUCACCCCCAAAAACCACUCGUACUGCGGCACCCUGUCUGAGUACGUGCCCGGCAAAGACCCCAAGUACAUCUUCUCCAACUCCAUCGUGUCCAACGACACGUCGCUGACGGUGCGAAACCAGCCGGUCAACUACACCUUCAGCUGCGUGUACAGGGCGGCCUACCUGCUCAACAACGCCGUGUUCAGCCAAAGAGUGGCCACAGUUUAUGUCAACAACGGGAGUUUAGGCACUUUUAGGUCGCAGUUGUCCAUGAACGUGUUCGCGAACUCAAAGUUCCUGUACGCCAAGGACUCCCCGUAUGUGAUCGACACUUCUGACAUCGGCUCUGAAGUUUUCAUCGGCAUCGAGGCCAAAGGGCUCAGCAGCAGGUUCAAAGUGGUAAUUCACAACUGCUGGGCCACUCCCACUCCUUACUCAACGGACAAGAAGAGGUGGAGCCUCAUCAUUAACAGCUGCUCCUCCGACAGCACCGUGAGUAUUUUCGAGAACGCCAAGGACAGCCGCUCCACAUUCAAGUUCAACUCCUUCCGCUUCCAGCGGCUGGAGAAGGUGUCGACCGUGUGGCUUCACUGCGAGGUGCAGGUGUGUGACGCAGAGAGACUCGUCUGUCAGCCGGGCCCCUGCCUUUCCAGGAGUCUGUCAUCACAGGCGGAACCAAGCGGGGGGAUCCUCACCGCCGAGUUUCAAAUUAAAGGUAUUGAUUCCUCCAAUAAUGGACACAUGACAGGCUCUUCACUGUUCAUCCUGCUGGUUGUCCUCAUGAACACAUGUUGGGAUUUAGUAAAUGGAUCAAGAAUGUAGAAAAACUCAACCCAACUCAAAAUAUUCUCACAGAUAUUACUUAGGACAUUUGUCGACGCUUUUAAUAUGUUUUUAAAGUGGCACAAUACUGCUUCCUUCAAUAAAGACGAGUUGACAUUUUUAAA